CGAAGACGUGAUAAUGUGUGCCUCCAUCUACCAGACGUCAGGUCUGCAGCCGAAGAGAGACCGUAGUGCACAUCAACAUCAUCUGUAGAAACAUCCAAUGGGGCGCAACCAUAGUUCUACCGCGAACAAUGCAUGUGCCCGCAAUCCUUCCCUGCCGCUUCUCCGUAUCUAUCAAUACCAGUAGUAUUUGCACUUUAAAAGCAGCACUUGGCCCUGAUAAUAGAUAGGUACCUUAGGUAGGUAUAUUGGCAAUCCUGCAUCCUGCAUCAUGGCCACAUACCUCACUCGUCCAGCCAGCAACUCGGAAGGCAUCACAGCGGAACUCGAACGACUGUCCAUCAUUGGCAUUCAGAGAAUCAACAAUCGAGACUGGUCAUACAGCAGCCCAGAAGCCCAAGAGCUUCUGACACCGGAGCAAUGGCAGUCCAGAUUCGAUAACCAAGUGGAGCUCCUCACCUGGCAGCAGCAAAACGACGUAUGGCAGCAACUGGUAGAAGAAUUGCAUCCACAUUGCCACUUCGAAAUCACCUCCGUUUCCUCUACGAUUCGCGAGAAAGAAAAUCUGGCCAUUGUAUGGAUCCAGACUACCGUCACCGGGAUUGAGAAUGUCCAUAUUCCAGGUCUGAGUGAGCUGAGUUGGAGGUUAGAGGAUGGGAAGUGGUGGUUCUUCUACCAUGUUGGCAUACGAGGGUUCCUUGGAUAG